AUGGCUUCUGAAAUCGUUCCCUAUGUCUGGAAACGAUUUUCUUCAUUAAUCUUUGUUCAAGACACACACAGAAAGGUGCUGCGUGCAGCGGGUGUCAGGAAAGAAGUAGAAAAAAUUGCCAAAAACUUUAAAGACAUUCUAGCUGUUCUGCCGGAUGCUCAGGCACGAGAAAUGCAGGAACAGAAAGUGAGAGAUUGGUUAGAUAAGGUCAAAAACAUAUCCUAUGAUAUGAAUGACGCAUUUGAUGAGUACAGCACUUUAUUUCUGAAACUGCAAAUUGUGGGAGAUGAACAUCCUCUGGUUAAAAAGAAGGUAUGUUUCUUCUUUCUUGCUCCUCGCUUUUUCUUUGCAGCAGUUAAUUUAUGCCAUCGAAGUGCUGUUAUGAUAAAAAAGAUAAAUGAAAAUCUAGAUGAUAUUGUUAACGAGAAGCAUGACCUUAGUCUUAAUGCGAGUGAAAGUACAGAGAAACAAAUACAGAUUACCUCGUCAUCUGAUCUGAAUGAGAUAAAUAGUGAAAAUGAGAAAGAAAAAAUUUUAGUAAGCAAGUUGUUGGGUGAGGGUAGUAGUCUGAUCUCAAUUAUGGGUAUGAAAGAGGAAGGAAAAACACUUGUUCAAUCUGCUUACAAUAACAAUGAGGUGAUUAAAAAUUUUAGUAAAAGAAUAUGGGUAAACAUAUUGGGCUCUGAAGACAAGUGUAGCAUUAAAAUUGAAGUUUCAGAAGGCAAGCCUAUUUCAGUUGGAUAUGAUGUUUUUAAUAAAACAAUUAAUCAACAUAUAAAAGAUGAGAAAUUUCUUCUUGUCUUAAAUGAUAUGAGGAUAGAAGAUUUCUAUAAAUUGGAAUCAGUUUAUUUUGUAAUAGAUGGUGGUAUUGAUGGAAGUAAAAUUUUAAUUAUCACAAGUGAUGAGAGGUCAGAUGCUUUUAGGAUAAUCUCAGACGAUAUUAUAAUGAUUAAUGAAUUAUCUGGGGAGGAAAAUUGGUCAAUGUUUUCAAAACUAGCCUUUUCUGGAAGAUCAAUUCAGGAGUGUGAAAGCUUAAAAGAAAUUGGUCAGAAAAUUGUCAGUAGGUGCCUAGGCUUGCCUCUUGCCAUACAGAUCAUGGGCAGUAUGUUACGCUUUAAAACUAGUAUUCAAGAGUGGGAGCGUAUCUUAGAUAAUAAAGUUUGGACACUAGAAGAGUCAAAGGUAGGUUUUCUGCCAGUGUUUUUUUUGAGUUAUUAUGAUUUGCCCUCUAUGGUAAGAUUGUGUUUCAUAUACUGUGCCAUCUUUCCUAAGGGUUAUAGUAUGAAUAAAGAUAAAUUGAUUAAAUUAUGGAUGGCUCAAGGUUAUCUUGGAUUAGAACCAAAUAUAGAGAUGGAGAUACUAGGUCAAAGAUAUUUUAACCACUUAGUAACACGAUCCUUCUUUCAAGAUUUUGAAAAAGAUGAUAACGGUGAUAUUACAAGUUGUAAGAUUAAUGGUUUAAUGCAUGACUUCGCCAAAUUUCUGAAUCGGAAUGAGUGUAUAGAAAUUAAUGAUAGUGCCGAAGAGCCAUCGAGAAACUCUGUCCCUGACAAAGUUUUCCAUUUAAUGUUAAUGCUUAAGAAAAGUUCGUCUUCUGUCCCCAAUUUGAAUGCCAAAAGAUUGCGCACUCUCUUCAUUAGUUGUGAAGAUGAUUACUACCAUUUAGACAAUGAUAUUCUUCAACAGUUGUUUGGUAACUUGGCGCGUGUAAGGGCAUUAAAGUUUGAUGUUUUUGUUAGAGAGAUUCCAACAGAAAUAGGAAAAUUAAUACAAUUAAGAUAUCUUGAUUUAUCUGGGCAACAAAUAAAAAAACUACCAGAAACUUUGUGUCAGUUAUAUAAUCUACAAAGUUUAGACAUUACUUGGUGUGAUGAACUUGAAGAAUUACCUCAAGCAAUGGGAAAGUUAAUAAACUUGAGGCAUUUAAUAAAUGAUUAUACUUAUUCAUUAAGUUACAUGCCAGUAGGGAUCGGGAGACUAACACAUCUCCGAACAUUAAGUGAAUUCAUUGUAAGUGGUGCUGGUAAUGGUACUCCUGAUAGCAAAGCAUGUUGUCUUGAAAGUUUGAAAGAUUUGAACCGUCUUCGAGGGAAACUUGUCUUGAGAGGGUUAGGAAAUGUGAGAAAUGUUAGUGAGGUUGUGAAAAUGGAACUUAAAAAUAAGAAAAUUCUCUCUGGUUUGGGGGUACUCUUCGAUGAGGAUGAAGAAGAGCAGAGGAUAAAUCAUGAUGAAUCACUUCUCAAGGCCUUACAACCACCUCCAAAUUUGGAGAAACUUGAUAUACAAUUCUAUAGAGGCAGCACUUUUCAUUCCAAUUGGGUGAUGUCAUUAACCAGUUUGAGACAUUUAAGACUCAAAUUUUGCAUAAAUUGUAAGCAUUUGUCUCCUUUUGGAGAAUUACACUCUCUUGAGUCACUAAGGAUACGUAAAAUUUCUAGUGUGAAAAGAGUGGAUGAUAAAUUUUGGGGAAUAGAAAGUGAUGGCAGAUCUUCAUCAUCGUCAUCAUCUAUUCUCUUCCCCAAAUUGAAAUAUCUCAAAUUUUCAGAUAUGAAAGAAUGGGAAGAGUGGGAUUUUAAGAUUAUAAGGGAGGGAGAAGAAAAAGAAUGUAUUACAUUCAUGCCAUGUCUUGCUUCAUUGGAAAUCAAUUUCUGUGGCAAAUUAAAAGCACUGCCAGACGACCUUCUCCAGAGGAUAACAUUGAAGAAAUUGGAGCUUUAUGGAUGUCCUGUUCUAACACAAUAUUUCAAAAAGAGAAUAGAAGAGCAUUGGCCCAAGAUCAAUCAAAUUUCUACCAUCAAGAUUGAUGGUGAAUAUGUGCGAGGAGGCCCUGAUCACUGA